AGUUUGGACCAGCUGUGGAAAAGUUGAGGGGGGGGGGGCAGGUGAAGAUGUUGUGAGACGUAAAGGGAAUCCUCUUGGGAUGAGACGCCCCCUCCUCAUUGAACUUCGGAUGGGCGUCCCCCCUUAAGUCCUUCCAUCCUGCGUCCUGGGUUCGGACAGCCUGUCUCCUUUCCUGCUCCAGCCUGCUCCCAGGCACUUUGCUUUCUCGAGGGACCUAAGGAGGGAAGUUUUUCCUCUUUCUUCUCUGUUAGAAGGAGAAGGUCCUUCUCCUCCAACGAUUAAAACCCUGACCCCCAGGCAAGACACGCGCACGCUGGAAUUCGGUAUCCUCGUUGCCCAUCUGCCUCCAGCUGUGUCAGGUUCCCCCCUUCCUCCCCGCAGUCUCGGCUCAGCCGGCUCCCCGUCCCACCAUGGAGGUGCUGGAGAGCGGGGAGCAGAACCUGUUGCACUGGGAUCGCAAGCUCAGCGAGCUGUCAGAGCCCGUGGACUCCGACAACCUGAUGUACAACACGCAUUUCACAGAGCUUCUGGAUGAGUUUUCCCAGAAUGUCCUGGGCCAGCUCUUGAACGACCCCUUCCUCUCUGAGAAGAACGAGAUGAUGGAGGUGGAGCCGUCUCCAGCCUCCCCUGCUCCUCUCAUCCAAGCAGAACACAGCUACUCCCUAUGUGGGGACUCUCGGCCUCAGUCUCCCCUCACCCAUAUCUCUCCUGAGGAUACCUUCAAUGAAGCUAAUCUGGCCAGUGAGGAAUGGUGCCUGACUUCAGCAACCAUCAAGACAGAACCCAUUCUGUGUGAAUCCCCUGGCCUUGUUCCAUCAGUCACUCUGACUAUCACAACGGCUCCUGCCCCUCUAGGCAGUGAUGAUCCCCAACUGCAGAAUGAUGACGAGGUCAAGUCCCCAAGCCUGAAAAUUCUUCCCAAGAUUAAGCUGGAGCCUCAUGAAGUGGAUCAGUUCUUAAACUUCUCUUCAAAAGAAGCAGUGGUGGAACACCUGCACCUACCCCCCACCCCUCCCAGCAGUCACGGCAGUGAUUCUGAGGGCAGCCAGAGCCCCAGCCCAUCCCUGACACCAUCCAGUCCCACCCAGGGGCCAGGGAAGGUGACAUCUCGUUCAGCCUCCGCUCUCUCCAAUUCCCCCCUCCUGACAGCACCUCAUAAACUCCAGGGGUCAGGCCCCCUGAUCCUGACAGAGGAAGAAAAGAGGACACUGAUUGCGGAGGGGUACCCUAUCCCCACCAAACUGCCCUUGACAAAAGCAGAGGAAAAAGCCCUGAAGAAAAUCAGGAGGAAAAUCAAAAACAAGAUUUCUGCCCAGGAAAGUAGGAGAAAGAAGAAAGAAUAUAUGGACAGUUUAGAGAAAAAGGUAGAGUCUUGUUCAAAUGAGAACAUGGAGUUGAGGAAGAAGGUGGAGGUUCUGGAGAAUACUAACAGAACUCUCCUGCAGCAGUUACAGAGACUCCAGUCCAUGGUUGUGGGCAAGGUUUCCCGUUCCUGCAAAGCAGCCAGCACUCAGACAGGCACUUGUCUCAUGGUUGUUGUGCUUUGUUUUGCUGUUGUGUUUGGCAGCUUUUCUCAGAGCUAUGGGCCCUAUCCCUCUGCUACCAAGAUGGUGCUUCCAAGCCAACAUUCUACUCCAGAGUCAUACACGGCCUCUGUUGUGAGAUCCAGAAGUCUGCUGAUCUAUGAAGAACCUUCUCCAUUGGAGGAGUCUCCGAGCCUAGGCUUGCCUGGGGAUCGAGGGGACACUGAGGACAGAGAAAGAGGGCCCCCAAUCCUUGGGAUGUCCAUGUUGGAGACAAGACCCAGGGCUGAAGACACUGAUGUUGCUCAGUUCAGGAUAUCAAAUGAGACAAGGAUAGAGAAGUCAGUGCUGUUAGAACUUGGGCAGCACAGGGUCAGCUCCAAACUGGAGGCAAAUGAAACACUCAAAGUCAUUGAAAUUGACAGAAGAGUCAAUGCUACUUUUUAAAGAGCUUCUUCAUCUCCCCUUCUUCCUCACUUCCUCCCUUCCUCCUGUUACCCUUUCAUUUAACAGACCCCACCCAACCUUAGCCAAAGCACUGUUGAGUGUUAGUUUGGGCUGAGAAGAGAGGCUAUGACUUCAGCAUUCGUGCUGAGGGAUCUUGAUCUCCUUCUCAAAUUCCAUUACUUUUUUUCCUUUCCUCUGUUUCUCUUUCUCUUGUUGUCACAGAAAAUUAUUUUAGCGUUAGGGUUAGGGAGUAGGUCACAGGCCUCUUUCCAACAAUAGUGCCAAGAAGUUGGUCCCCAGCUCUCAGCAUUGUGGCAGGACCAAUGUUAAAGGAAGAGAUGAAUCUCUUUGAGUAGGGUUCCCAAUAUCAGCAAAGAGAACCCUAGAAGCCUCUUUUUGGGAAGUGGCUGACCACUAUCUAUCUGGCCUAUCCAGGUAUUUAGCCUUGGGGUGGGUGGGUGAGAAGGCAAACUGAGGUCACCAGGACGAAGCCUCUACAAUUUUUAAGAGAACUGCCAGGAAAACACAUCAGCAUUCAUCUAUCCAACCUACUCUUUAUACUUUCACCAUUUGGGCUCCUCUUUACCACCAUCCUCUUCCAAGACAUUACAGGUAUAAUACCUGAGGGAAUGAGGCUUUCCUACUCCAGACCUCUUUGUCUGUUCUUGUUACUUGUAGUUUCUUCCCUUCCUCCCCCCCCCCCCCCCCCCCCCCCCCCCCCCC